UACCGCCUGGCAAUAUAAACUUGGCAAGCGUCGAGUGAAAAACGACAGGUAUGCCUAUGGCUUAAAACACUCGGCCUGCGUACGUCUAUCGGACCCGUGUAAUUAACGAGAAGACUGCGAAUAGUUUUGGCGAUGAAAGUAUAUUCGGCCAGAAUCCCAGUUAGUGUUAUCAAACUCGGUGAUGUGUAUAAUAGCAGCGACUAUUCAGUGCAGUACCGGCACCGGACGAGUUGCCACCGACAGGAUGAUGUUGAUAGAGCAAUUGUCGCUAAUGGUCAAACGACAUCUUGGUCUUGACACUUUCACUGACGACUUACAAUAUUCAACGAAAUGGGCAAUAUACGAAUCCCCGCUUGGAGGCCGCGGACUGGUAGCCACGGAAGAUAUCAAAACUGGGGAGGUGCUAUUUGUUGACCACCCGCUCAUCUACGGACCACGAUCCAAAACUAACGCACAAGCUGGCUGCACUGUCUGUAGAAAAAUAGAUAGCGAUAGUUUUUUUAAGUGUUCACGUUGUUCAUUGUUAUUAUGUUCGGAACAGUGUCAAAACAGUGAUGUACAUUUUGGUGACUGCAGUAUAAUUUCCUGUUGGCCUAACAAAGUGCCUAUAGAGGAAGUCGAUGACACACUAUUGUCCCGUGCGCUGACGUCAAUACGAGCUGUGUUAUUAAACGAAGAGCAAAGAAAUCUGCUAACUUCACUACAGGCUCAUGUUCUACCACAACAUGGUAGCGAAGUUAGAAACUUAAAGAAAUAUUUUGAUAUACCGAUACAAGUGGAACAAUUUAUGAGUUUUGUAUCAUGCAUACUCGAUGCUAAUGCAUAUCAAAUGGGUACACCGUAUGGGAAAAAGGAGAUGAGUUUUCGAGGUUUAUACCCUGUUUCGGCUCUAAUGAACCACAAUUGUGUACCAAACACGAGAUACACUUUUAACGCUGAUUCACAAAUGACUGUAAAAGCUGUUAAACCAAUACUAGCCGGUUCUGAAAUAUUCACGUGCUACUCAGGAAUGUUAUGGGGAACGCCCGCAAGAAGACUUCAUCUUUAUACCACCAAACAUUUUCUGUGCACAUGUGACCGGUGCGCUGAUCCCACUGAACGUGGUACUCUUUUAGCUGCACUAAAAUGUUUCUCCCCUGAAUGUCUCGGAUCACUAUUACCUUUACACCCAUUAAAAACUAACACAGCUUGGAGAUGUCUUGACUGCGGCUUAAAAGUCCCAAAUAAAAAUAUAUGUGCCAUACAAAGCGCUCUCGGAAGUCUAGUUGGGUCUUUGGACUUCGAAAAUGUUCUAGCUUUGGAAAACUAUAUCCUUAAUCGAAUUACUAAAUUUGUUCCAAGAACUAAUCAGAUCGUUGUUGAUCUCCAAUGUCGACUUAUUUGGGAGAUUGGGGAAGCCGAAGGAUUUCGAUGGAAUGAACUGCCGGAGAGUCGUCUGGAGUUGAAGGAGAGGCUGUGCCGCGGCACGCUGCGCACGGUGGCGUCGCUGGGCGCGGGCGACGCACACCUUCGCGGCCUGCUCCUGUAUCACCUGCACGCCGUGCUGGCGGAGCGCGCGCGCCGAUGCCCGCACCUGUAUGAGGAGCUGAAAUCAGAAAUAGAGAAUACCAUUGAACAAGCACAUAACAUUCUCCAGGGCGACCAAGCCGCGCCACCUGAUCUUGAACUACGGCGGCAAUAUCUAGGACCUGGCUGUGACAAGCCUCACGAGGAGAGGUUCUUCAUCCUCGACAAUGCAGACGCAACUGUCAAUUUAAACUAAAAUGGAAGGAAGGCUUCCACUGAAUGCACAUGUUAGUUCAUAAUUAUUUUUAAUAGGUAAUAUUAUUUAGGCAAAAAAGUAGAAUACAAUCUAUAUUAUGUAAGAAUAAUAAAAUUAUCGCUAACUAAAGAGGGCUCGCUACGCUAGACGCUAUUUUGGUGCGAUGCAGAAUAAUUGAAGAUACGACUGUGUCGAAAAUUUUAAAUUUGGUCUGGUCUUGCUCUUCAACGAAGAGCAACUUUCUGACUUUCCAUUAAUUUAUUCAUCUACGGUACGGUGUAGACUGUGGAGGGCUCGUGCAGCGUAAUCCCUGGAACGCAGGGGAAAGAUUCUUGUAUUACUCUGUACCUAAAUUAACUUAAUUUUCCCAACCCCUUUGCUGAAGAUUUUAAAAUAAAUAAUGGAUAUCCACAUUCCUAUAUCUAAUUAAAGAUUACUUUAUAAUUAUUAUAAACUAAAUCUAAAGGAAUACCUACCAAUGUAAUAAAAGGAAAACCUAUCUUUAUAUGAAUAAUAUAUGUAAUCCUGUUUAUUUUUCGUAUGAAUAUCAUAUUUUUACAACUGAGAUAAUGCCAACGAAAAAAUUUAUGAGAUCUCGUCGUUCGAUUUUUAUAUAUUUAGUUUAUGCAGUUGUGAGCAUGGCUUUAUACUUUUAAGUAACUAUUAGUAUAUUUGAUUUGGUAGUAUAGUGAUAAGUGUGAAAAGUAUGUGAUUAGUAGGUCCAAAUGAAAGGCUUGCUGGAAACAUUUUGAGCAACAUUUUAAACAAUGUAAUUUAAUGAUUUUCUAAUAAAAAUAUUUAAAAUAA